AUGUCGCCCAAUCAUGGAGAUACCGAUGAGGGGGAAGAGGACGAUUACAUGUCCAUGGUGAUCGAAGAGCCGAAGUUUAAGGAAACCUUUACCCAACGGAAGCGUCGGGAACAACGUGAGGCAGAGGCCCGGGGAAAAGUCCCCUCCAAAGCCGAACGAGCAGCCGAAGAAGCUGCGCGCCGCGAAGAAGCUCUAUCAAAAAGCACCUUAGACCCAACGAAUAAGGGAUUCAAAAUGAUGGCGAAGCUAGGCUUCAAACCGGGACAAUCCCUUGGCAAACGCGACAACAACGAGGCGGCAGGUGACGAGAACAAAGAUGACGAGGACAACAAGGACAAGGACAAGCACACCAAGAACUCAGCCACCCGAUCCGAGCCCCUGAAUCUUAUUUUCAAAGAAGACCGCGGCGGAAUCGGAAUGGAUGAGAAAAAGAAGCGCAAAAUCCGGGAACAGGCCGAAGAAGCUACGAAAAAAAUCAAACGCGAUGAAGGCGACUAUCGCGAUCGGGUCCGGGAGGAGCGAGAAUUGAAGCGUACUGAGGCGCAAGUUCGAGCGGCGCAGAAAGUUGCUGAGAGGCUGGAUACUGAGGAGGAGAAUAACACUGGCACUGGCACUACUGCUGCAUCUGCAUCUGCAUCUGCAUCGUCAUCGCGGGACUCAGACACACAGACGCAGUCCAAGGCAAACGACCAGGAUGGUGGUGUGACUGAUAACGACGCUAAAACCAACCCCAACCCCAACGCCGAUCACCCGCCAAGUACCGGGCCCAAAAUACAAAAACCCAAACACCAACACAAACCAACCGCCCAGAUCAACGUCCUAUAUCGCGGUCUCGUGCGGGAACGAGAGAACCACGAGCGAGACAAACAAGCCCGUCACGCGCUCCACACUUCCCUCCCAUCAUCAUUCUUCCCAAAACAACGGCUUCCCACCUUCUCAGAAUCAGAACUAGAGCGAGAGCCAGAAGACGAACAGGCUCUUGGCACACGGCUCGGACUCGAUUUCGACCCUUAUACCGCCGCAGUUGAGCAGGAGCUUGAAGAGGAAGAUCCGGAAUUGGAGGCGUUUAAUGAACUGCCGGCCUCGGAGAGAUUGCAUAAGUUAGUGCUGUACCUGCGGGAAACGUAUCGGUAUUGCUUUUGGUGUAAGUAUCGGUAUGAGCGGGAUGAUGAGUUGGAGGGGUGUCCCGGUCUUACGGAGGAGGAUCAUGAUUGA